AUGCCAAUUUCUUCUUAUCAUGGAUUGAGGAAGAACUCUGUCCCAGCAACGCCGUGGAACAGCACAAAAAUUUCACCUCAUAAAAACCUUUCCCGUAGUGACUCAACGUCUUACAACUCAAGUAAAAGACCCCUUGGUUUGCCAAGAUUAUGGAACCACGAGGAAUUUUUGAUAGACGACGAACAAGGCGGGGAUAAAUAUUCCAAGAGUUGCCCAUCCUCAACUGUUCAUAGUUCAAGGAAACCACUCGUCAACUCUCGACCAAGAAGCGCUCGAUCAGCGGCUGACAGAAGACUUAAAAGACGGGAUACGUUUCCAAAGUUUGCAAGUGAAUUUUAUCGCAAUGAAAGUCGAGAAUAUAGAAGAAGCAAGAGUGAUCCAUCAAUUCUUGCAAAGAAGAAGCAGAGGAAAAGUAGUAUUACAGCUCCAAAAAGACCAUCAACGUUAUGGACUGUCGGUAAGAGGCAAGAAAAACCUAAUUCGUCCUCGGCGCACAGAAGAAAGGUAGGCUGUCAAUUUACUGUUUGCGCUGCAAGAUCAAGAGAGAAUGAAUUUCACUUUACUGGGGGUCGGUGGCUGUGGUCUGAGUUACGGGUUCAAGAUUUAUUGCUUAGAUAGCAAUCUCUCAGUACUGUUAUUUAAUGAUUUUGACUUAUAAUCUCAAAUCUAAUCAUAAUGUUACGUUGAUUCGACUUUUAUUUCAAGGUGUUAAUUUCUCAUGGGUGCAAACAAUGGGAAAGCUUCCUCAAAGAAAACAAUAAUUUAUCUGAUUAAGCUAAGUACUCGUGCUUUUAUUCUCCAUCCAAACCGAGCGAAUUGAGGUCAGAACAAUAUUAAAUAUUACAUUCAAUAAAAUAUUCAAUAUAAAUUGAAAAAAUGCAAACAUUCAUCCGAUUAAUUCGUACCUCGCCCGUGAUUGAUCAGACAUUUAAUAUCAUGUAAAUCCUGUUCAAUUUAAUUAAUUUAGAAUAUUGUAAUUUCAGUCGCCAGUUACGCAUGAAUCAUUACAGUCUUUUGUAGCAUAAUGAACUCAAACUGACUUAUUUUGGUCAAUUUUUACUAAAAACGGAUUCCAAGAAAUAUUGUUUCCAUUUUGCUCCUCCAUCGCUCCUAAUUUCUUUCGCCAAAUUUCAAGUCAACGAUUUGACACAACGGCUUGAUGGUUUUUUUGCGCCAAAGAAAAAUGCAUCGGUGAAAAAUAUUAUCAAUAAAUUAAGGAACAGCCCACAGCCACGUAAUUCGCUUGCAAUGAAUUUUUUUUAGCAAAUUGGAAUUUUUUAUGGAGACAAAGGGCCUUUGAAACGGAAAACUCAUUUGCCGUGCCUCCGAGUUCUUGGCUGCAAGCCGAACCAUGGUUGUUACGUGAGAAAACGGAAUGGUUCAUUUUGUUGUUUAUGAUCACCUGGAAAUAAACCACUCUGUUUGAUAGGAAGCUAGGGGCUUGGCUUCAGUGCUCAAUAGGCUGCUCAGAUUCUUAGCACUGAGAAUAAGAGAACUGGACGCCAAGAAUGAAGGGGUCAUCCGGACGCUACCGCAACCUUUUGUUUUUCUCACAUAACUUAAGAUUCCAGAGCUACCUCUAUUAAGUGGAUAUUGGCUUGAUCAAAUAUAAGAACUGUUUUCUUUACAGAUAAGUGCUAUAGUUUAUCAAUGCCGUGGCAGAUGUCAGCUUCGGCAAAUUUCAAUGAUAAUACAUUCUCUAUAUAAAGUUAUAAAACUGGAGUCGUGCGAUAUAUAUCGAGACAGGUCUCUGAGAUAAAUCUAUCUUCAGUUUUCCAAAUCCACAUUUAAAAAAAGGGACUAUAUCAGUAAUCUCUGUUUUAUUGGGCUGAAGAAUAACAUCAUGACAAUAAGUUUUUAAGUAGUUUUUUUUGGAACCUUCGUACUACUGUCGUAAAGAGGCUGUCUCUUUUCAAAAUGUGCUUGUACUUCUGAUGCGAAAUAAAAUGCCAGUAAGAGUAUUAAGAGAAGAAAGGACUUUAAAAUUACUCCUAUCAAUUUGUAAAGAAUGACAACAAUUACGAAUAUUCUUUUCAAUAACUCUGAUCCUCCAUUAAUUUUGACACAAAUAAGCUAUUGCCUCACAUCUCAUUGGUCGACAAUUUAAGCUCGUGAUCUGUGCUUCGCUCCUUCGCUCACCGUGAGACUUGAGGCAUUUGAUCAGCGUGGAAAUCAUUAAUCGAUGGGUCCUCGGAUAUUUUAGUUGUCAGCCGAAGACUGUUCUCUGAAACGAACCAAAACGAAACAAACGGCUAAAGAAGAGUAAUUAUUAACGAAAGGUAGGAUUUCAAGUUAUCGGUAUUCUAACCUUUGCCGGUGUCGAUUUCACCGUUCGACGGUAUCAUAACAUUCACGCUAGCAGCGGGCAAAAAAUUCUGUCUGUGAGUACAUAAAGAUUGUUAAUCUUAUUAUAAUAUUAUCGUUGAAGUUUAUGUCUUAGUCAUUCAUAUCAUAAGAUUUCUCUGCGGGAUUCGCGUUCAAAACCAGUCGCUUGCAUUCCCUACUAAUAAACACAUCGAUCGGUGAAGCGUGCAGUUGAAAAUUUGUUGCCGUUUAAACACACGAGCAGAUUUCUGUGUCAAACCAUUUUGUUCACUUUAAUAUUAUUCAUUUCUAACGUGAUUAGAAAGUGUUUUCAAAUAGAUUAUUUUAGCUCAGAUUCAAAUUCUCGGAGUAAACUACAGAAUUAACGAUGUCCGAGUGAAUUUUCAAGUCCGUCAGUCAAGUCAUUUUUAAAGGUACUUUCUCGCCUUCAUUCCAAAUUCAAGCCAACGAGGUUACAUCAGCCUUGUUUAGUGUCUGGUGUCUAGGGCCAAUGAUUACUUCAGUAAUUUCUUCAAGGAUGCUGUAGUUCAAUUAUAUUUACGUUUCUUUCCUCUCUAUUCCCGCAAUUUGACACGGGUCAAGAGGAGGAGGUUACUCAAACUUCAACUUGUAAAAAGUUAUUUCUUUCAAUUGCCAAUCGAUGUUGUGAUAAAAAUGCAGUUUAAUAUUUACCUACAAGUAUGUUUAAAUUUUGGAAUGAAAUUUAUUGUGAUAGGCACGCUUCGACACUUGUACACACACGAAAAUUGGACGUUGCUAUAGCGAAAAUGUCGAUAUUAUUGACUUACGAAUAAAGUCACGUUUGUUCAGCAUUUGUUUUGGUGUCACAUCGUAUUUCAAUUUUCAUUUUAUGUUGAUUAACAAGCGUUGUAAAAUUUUCUUUUUGUUCCUCUCAUUUAGGUCAACAAUAGUCUCGCUGCAUCGUCUUUAUCCUCGCCCGACGGGAGUUUAUAUGGCGGAUUGACGAAGAAGCGCCCAAAUCAAGGAGACAGGGUCGUAUGCAUACUAAACAAGAAACCUCAACUUGGUGUCCUUAAAUACAUCGGAAGAACACAUUUUGCCGAGGGCGAAUGGUGUGGUAUUGUGUUGGACGAAGCCUGCGGCAAAAACGACGGUUGUGUUCGUGGAGUGCGUUAUUUUCGUUGUAAGAAUAAACACGGGAUAUUUGUACAUUCGCAUAAAGUUAGAACUGCCGAUGACAUUACACUAUCGCGAUUAAACCUGCUAGAAAGCCCGUUCAGUCCACAAUCACCGGAAAAGAAUAUUAAAGAAGGUAAUCACAACGAGCAAAGCAUGUCGUCUGGUGAUGUGGAAGUAAUGCGCUCCAAUGAUCGCGAGGUUUCUAAAUAUAGAGACAUUAACAAGCCGAUAAAGCAUACGAGAAGGAAUCGUUCUGUCUCGUUGGAUAGAUAUCUGUUCUUAAAAGCCAAGCAAUUGGCGAAAGGUCUAAAUAUGUUUUUACAUAAUACGGAAAAGAGUGAGAAAAUGAACACCUGGGUGCAGAACUGUGUUAAUCGCUCGCGUUCGAUGCCUAAAAUUUCCAAGGAUAUUUUCCCGGAUUCAAGCGAGUAUUGUUUGGGAGGUGACAUGGGUGAUUUGGAGAAAAAUGUUUGGAACGAGAAAACGGCAUUUGAUGCUGUGAAUAAAGACUACAUCUCUGUUGGAGCUGAUCACACUAAGUCUUCAAAGAUGACAGGUGUUCUUGACUUGCCAAGAGAUGGCAUCAAUAAUUUAGCAGGAGAUCUUCAGGCACCUCUUUCUGUGCAGUCUUCAUUGGAGAAUUCCUCAAAUAAACAGAAUGGUUUUCAACCAAGUAAAGAUCAAAUUUAUCUUAAUGGAGGAAAAGCUGCUCUUCAGAAGAAGGUGGGACAUGCUGUUUCCUUGGAUACUCAUCUGAUGGUCGAGAAAGGACACUUAACUUUAAUGUCAAAUUCUGAGAACAACGAAUACACUUGUGCAGCGCAUCUCUCUACCAAAGAGGACCCCUUUAUUCAAGGACGACAUUGCAGCUGCCCAAGCCUGCACUGUGCUGAUCAUUUUUCAGAAGCUAUUACAGCCUGCCUGGAUUUGGGGCGCAGAGAAAGGCUUGCCAUUCCCGAAGCUGAGAAUGAGAACAGAAGCAACACUGGCAGAUCUGCUAAGCUCUUGGGCAAAGAUAACACUCAACAGAAACAUCCUGGGUGUCCUCAUGCACAGUCUGACACAUUGCAUAAAAUUUCUGAUAACAAUAAACUGGUGAAUGGUGAUUCUCUGAUUUCUAGUGAUAAUAAAUCAACUCAGGUGAGGAGCUGGCCUUGUUUGACGUCAACUCCUAAGAAACCUCUUAGGAGAUGCAGCAGUAGCAGUGAUAUUCAUGCUGAAAGUGCCCUCAAUAGGAGUGGAGACUAUGAUGAGGUGUUUGAUGACAAUAUUCCUUCAAUAUUGGCAACAGUCAAACCAAUAUCUAAUAAUACAGUUAAAAGGCCUCUUGAUCUAAAUUGUAUUGACACAAGUUUGUCACAAGCCAGUGGUAUCAAGGCUGCAAACAAAACAGUUAAAUCCCAUGAUCAAGUUGUGGAUACUGGUUCCAACUACACUGACAGUCUCUCUGGAUCACAAACGUCAUUAUCUUCCACUGGAACAAGUGACAGCAAGGGAAAAAAGAUGUCUGCGACAAGACGGAUCCCCAGCUCGGUCAAAGCUCCUAAGUCUAAAUCAACAUCAAUACCAACAAAAAGCAGCAACACAUCAAAAACAACACAACAGAAGCAGUCUAGGCUAGAACAAAUGCGUCAGCAACAAAAUAAAAAAGUUAACUUAUCAUCUGAGGGUAAAUUUCCCAACAGAACUGGGCCCAGUUCAGGACAUAAACAGGAAGGUAAAAUACAGAAACGACACACUCUAGCAACAAUACCCGAUCAGAAAUCAUUUGUACCACGUCCAGCUGUGAAUAAAAGGCCAACAAGUGGUAGCAUCACAGAGCAAUCCCCUAGAGAGGAAUCUAAAACCUCAAAACUUCCUGUCAAGAAGCUAAGUACACCAUCACAGAUUUCAAAACCAGCAGCAGCUACUAAACUGGAAAGGAAGAAAGACAGUGCUGCUGUUCAGAAACAGCUUAACACUGCAGGAAGUCGACCACCAGUAGCUCCCGCUGUUAAAAAAGAAUCUGGCUUGGCAAGGUCAGAUUCGAAUGCAAGGAAACCUAACAGGAUAUCUCUUCCACAGAAGGCCACAGGUAAAGAGAAAGAAUUUGCUGCAAGUGGAUGUAAGGCCAUAGGUGGACAAACUCCAGCAUCAGCUAAAGGAUCAAAAGUGUCAUCCACAGCAGUUGGGUCAAAACCACAAACAGCAAAUGUGAAGAGAUCAAGUAGUUCUGUUAAAGGUAAUAUAUAAUAUCAAUUAUUAUCACAAUGAUAAUGAUGAUAUUGAUAAUAUAAUAAAUAUCCAUAUUAACUUAAAAAUUCAAAUUUCUAGUAAUUAACAUAUCUGUUCUUUUUCCUCUCACUUGGCCAUAUCUCUUGGAUUUUUGAGGUUUUUGUUUAAAAAUAGAUAUUAUUAUGUUACUGGACACUUAAAAUACACACUAAGUUAUAACAAAUAUGUAUAUGAAAUUUAUUUUCAAUUAUGCUCAUAAAACAUAAAAUUUAGAGUCACUUUGCUUGCUGUAAGGACUUUGUUAAACUGUUUGUGCAUAAGUUUAACCUAAUUAAAAAUGUUUGGUUUGAGAUCAAUUUUGUCAUCAGUAUUAACCUUAUAUGAAAUUUCAAUUAUUUUUUAAAUGUCCAAAACUUGCCUGAAAUUUUUAGCUAAACCUGAAACACAGACUGUAGCUUUUGAGUUUUAACCAACUGGUGUCUUGUGUCAUUUACAACAGUUCACUUCAUGUGGAAAAACUUUUUUCUCCCUGUCCAACCUAAAUAUUGGUGAAUCUGAUUUGAAUCUUUGAUGUACCUAUAAGCUGUUAUUGUGAAGAUAGGGCAGUGAUAGUGGAACAAAAUUUUUGUAAAAAUUAUGGAAAUUUAUUAGACAUUUUCAUUCAUUGGCAUUCGUCUGAACUCCAUAUUUAAUUAAUGUUUGGUUAACUUCUCAUGCAUAAAUAAUGUUCCACAGAGAAUGAACGGAUGACAUUUCAUUCACUAAUGGACUCGGAUAUUGUUGAACAAAAAAUCAUUUCUAUUUCUUUGACACAUAUUUUAUUUGAAUUACAAUGUCUUAGAAAGGAUAUGAGAGACUUAGAGUGUUUUCUUGUAAAGUAUUUUCGAAAAAGAAGAGAAGAGAAAUCUGAUUUAAGCAAAGCCAAAAGUGAGCCAAAUGUUGCCUGUACAGGUAAGUAUAAAGGGUAAAUAUGUGAUAUCUCAUGAGAAACAGCUUGUUCUCUGUUGGAUUUUUUUUGUUAAACCUGGGGUAUGUUGUUAUGCAAGUUAUAGUUUUGUUGUGUUCCUACAAAAAGUAAAGGUUGUGUAAUUUUAUGAAAGGGACUUGGUUUAGUGAAAUGAUUUGAUGAAUAUUUUCAUAUUUGACUAAAUUUCUCAUUUUUAUUUCAUUUAAAUAAAUUUAGUUGUAUAAUGUUCUCAAUCAUGACCAUGAAGGACUCUCAAUCUUUAUUGUGAAAGUUAGAAAGUAUAUAUUUUAUCACUAAUAGGAAAAUGUGUCAUUCAGCAUCAGGAGUUUUUGUAUUUCUUAAAUCACUGUAAAUAAAAUAAAUACAAUAAUAUUUAUCAAUACUUCUCAAGCUUUAUGGUGAAAGAUGUCAUUGAUAGGAAAAUGUUUAAUUUAGCAUUAAUAAUGAUUUUUUGUAUAUCUUUCAUAGCUUUCAAGCCUAUGAGUUAACAGAAAAAAAUAAGUAGCCCUUAACAUGUAUGUAUGUAAUAAAAUUACUAACUUGAGGCUAUAUGUAAAUCUUUAUAUAGCUAAGACACUAAUAUUUUUCAAAUUCAUUUUUAUAUAGCUCGAUCAUUUUGAAUUAAAGAUGAUGUGAAGUGCCUUUGCAUGCUUGCUCCUAUUUUGGUUUUAAUUUAAAUUCAAAUGUUUUUCUUAGGAGAGAGAAUACUUUGUCUAGUUCUUGAUUUUUAGAGGCCUCCUGAAUUUUUUUUUUCACAUUAAUUUGUGCUGUUACAUUUGUUUGUUUGGCAGAGAAAACACAGGCACCUUCAAAACCGGUCACUAGGCAGCCAUCAUCAGCCUCAUCCAACAAAAAGCCUCCGCAAGCUGGGAAACAAAGUACAAGGCAAACUCCAGCAAGUCAAAAGCAGGGAUCCUCAAAACUGCCAAGAAAGAUUUCAGGACAGCUGAGCAAUGCUAGUGAUAGUGUAUCAGUAACAAGCAGUAUUAGAGACCAAGAUCACCUUGAUGACUUCAUCGAUUCUGAGGGUGAUUCUGUAUCUGUUCACUCUGACACUUUCAUCCAUGGUGCAAGAGAUUUCUCAAGCAGAAAUUCCCAGCAAGACAAUUUUUCACUUGGAGGAGACAUUGCUUUGCACAACUCAGAUGAAAAUGAUGGCUCUACAACAAUGGUGCUUGCCAGUUCUCCACUAGAAGUGCCUUGCAGAACAAUGCCACCAGAUAUUUUAAGUGAGACGCCAUACCUGAUUAAGCAUUCUGUUGGAAUUCAGGUGGAGGAUGUUAGUCAUUUAAAAGCUAUUGAGGAUGUCAAAGAGAAAGCACAGCAUCUGGGUGAGCUUUUGAAACAAAGGACAGAACUCUGUGGCCAGCUACAGGAUCAAAUUGACUGCAACAGUAACGACUUUGUGGCAGCAUCACUGUUGAUUCUGACUACUGUACGUAAGGUAAGACAUCUUUUACCACUGAUGUGGGCAUAAUGAAUUCUUAUUAGAGUGAAGGGAACUCGGUGCCAUAAACCAUAUGUAAAUGCAAAAAACCAUACAGGUCAAAUUAAAUGGAUACUUUAACAAGGGCUGGUACAACGGAAAAAUCUUCAGGGCUCAGUAUCUUAAUUUGUCUCAACUGAAUGCUAAAAUUCAUAUUGAAUCCACAGCUGGUUUGGUGUCAAAAGUACAGCAAUCAACUCCAAAGGAAAAUUGAAUCAACUUUGCAGGAGAUGAAAGUCAUUCAGGAGAAACUUGGUAUGUGUAUGUCAACAGGGCUUCUUGAUACUGUUGGUUAACCAGCAUGUUAAUUCAGUUCUACUAACACUUAGAAAUUCCUGUCUUGUAGUUGAAGAGGAAGCAAACAGCGUCAAGCUACAAGAAGAGAUGAUGUACCAGCGAAGUGAACAUGCAGUCGCCAUAGAAACCUUAAAGGCUGACCAUGAAAAUCUAUUGGAGGAGACAAGCUCAGAGCUCAAGCGCAAACAUGAGGGAGAAAUUCAGUUAGGUAAAGUAUCAAUCAUUAACAAUUAAUGGUCAAAUUUAUUAGUUAUUGAAAUUAUCAUUGUUAAUUUGUGUUGCCUUUAUUUUAGCUAUUGAAACUCACAGAUCACAAAUGCAUGAAAUGAAGGAAGAGCAAGAGAAACAGGUAAUAUAAACAACAAAUUGUUUGACUGUAAAGCUUCAUAAAAUUAGUUUAGUUUUCUCAGGGAUCUCAAAAAGUUCGAGUUGUGGUUUUUUAAUCUAGAAUCUGUUAAAUGUCCUAAAUAUACCUCCUUUUUGUCUCUGAACAGGUGACACAAUUGAAGAAGACACAUGAUGAACUUGUAGCAUCCUUAAAGGACAAACAUCAAGAUGAAAUUGCUGACUUAGACAGCAAACAUUCCUGUGCAGUUGAUGGUAAGUCAGUUGUAAUUGCAUGGUGACAAUUAGUACAGCCAUGUAAAGAAAACUCCUGCAAUGGCAACCCAAUCCCCAUGAUCUGAAGCACAAUUUUCCUUUCCCUCUGCUCUACAGUUCAAACCAGAGCUGAAGGUGAUUACCAGUAGAGGUGUCCAGGGGUAUCUGCCUCUGGGAAACAUUUUGAAUGUUAGAUCCUGAGGAAAAUCUAUUGAAAUCUAAUAAACAUUUUUAAUACCUUACUUGUUUACAUCAGGAUGUUUCUCAUUUUGCGUCAGACCAUAGCCAAGCUGGGAUAAAGCUAUGGUCCAUUAUGUAUUCUGGACAUUCUUGAAGUUGUGGUCUGGAUUUCUACAAAUAAAAAAAAAACCAACGUUAAACAUUACUAUUUUAAUGACUGUAUCAAUUGUUUUUACUUUUAGAGCUUGUCGAGGAACACCAAGUGGAAAUAGAAACAAUUAAAGCAGAUUAUGAAGAACAGCAGUCAGAAAUGAAGGUGGGAGAGUGUAGUCCAGGCACUUACUUUUCUUUUAGUAAAUUUUUUUUUUGUGUAGAAAACUUUUUCCUUCUUGACAUGGACCUCCAUUUUACAAGAUGGGUUCCAAUCUGAACAAGAUAUUUCUUCUCUUUUGCUUUUGCAUCAUUUUUUUAGUUGUAGGGUUAAAAGAAUUUAAAAUACAAUUUUUGUUGUCUGUGUCAACCCCCGAACUCCCAGAAGUGAUUAACAUGUAACUUCUCCCUAUGACAUCCAUACAUUAUCCAGCAGACAGGUAAUGAGAAUACUCAAACUUAUCUGGUGGAAGUUUUUAUCUUAAUCAAAAACCAAAUGGCUGUAACUGAUUUGCAUGCCGAGAAAUGUAUAGCAGCAAGAGGGGAGAAUUAAUGAUCAGAUUGUGGGAGUUAAAGGGUGAAAAGCUCAUUGUAUGAUGGAAAAACAGUGCUUCAGUUUACUUCUCUUCUUUUUGGGAGUAGUGGUGAUGGUUCUAUGGUAACUGCAAGUGUAUUCUUCUGAUCUCUUUCUUGCAGGGAAAGUAUGAUAAGCUACUGAGCGAGCAUAAUACAUUGAACAGUAAGUUUCAGCAGCUCCAAGAGGAUAAUCAAAGGGAUAUUGAGUCCCGAAUACAGGUUAUUAUUAUUAUUAUUUUUUUUUUUUAAUUGUUUACCCUGUCAUUUUAUUCUUUGUAAAGCAUUACAAUAUUAUUAGCGUUGGUGAUGUGGCUUUUUUCUUCAAAAUUUCAGGAAGCGAUCAAAAAGUAUGAGUCUCUGCCAGCUGAACUUGAAAGCUUAAAAGCUGUGCUGGAAAUGAAGAAUGAGGAGAUAAGACAGAUGAGGAAGGAAAAAAUGGAGAAGCAUUUGGAGGUAUGCACUUAACCCUUUAAACCUCAAGAGUGACUAGCAUUUAAUUUCUCCUUACAGUAAUAUUGCAGUGUCAUUCAUUAACCCUUUAACUCCCAGAUCAAAUUUGUAAUUCUCCUUGCUGUCAACCGUAUAAUUCUUACAAUGUUAGUUCAGAGAAUUUAUUACUGGAUCAACCAAUUAUCCCUCAAUUGAUAUUUUUCUUUAUUCUCAUCACUUAUCUGGCUGAUAUUGUGUUGAUAUUGUAAGGAGAAAUUCCGUCUUGGUCACUCAUGGGAGUGACAAGGGUUUAGAACAUGAGAGUAAAGGAAAUGAUCGCCAACUGAGGAAGCUUUGAUUGUUAAAUUAAUUCUCCUUGUCAGUACCAAAGGAAAUGUAUGGAGAAGAGAAUGGAGAAGAUGGAUACUGAUAUUAGGGUGUAGAUGAUUUGUUGUACUUUCAGAAAUUUUUUUUGUACAAAAUAGAGUUCAUUAUGUCUGAGUCUAGAAUUAUGUUACAUGUAUAUUAUAACUUUAUUGAUAAAUUUGUCAACAUGUUAUGCUGCUUUUAAUUGCCUUUCAGUUGGAGAAACUUGAAGAUGUCAGAGCAAAAACAAAGAAACUUCAGCAAGAAAAUGAGUCAUUAUCUUUUGUGGUGGAGACGAAGUCUAGAUUUGAGAGGUGCGCAAUAUUUUUUCCAUCUUAGGGGCUGGGCUUCUACUACUACUGAUUGUGCAUUAAUGUAGUUCACACAUGUUAUCAUGAAUACUUGAAAUAUUUUGGGGACACCACCACUGCCUCCUGAGAGGCCCAUGGUCAACUAUGCAUGGAUGUGAGCCUGGAUAAUUGGGUGAAGCCCACAUAGUUAGGGAUUAUAGGUGAACUCUAUGAGACAAUAAUUGUGAGAGAGAAAAAAAGUUGCAAUCAAGCAAAGAAAUGAUUCUGGCGAGUGGACUGCAACUGUAGUAAUUGCAGAAUGAACCUGAAAAAAUUCAGGCUUUGAUGGGAUUCAAGCCAGACAUUAGUUAGGUACUACUACCACCUGAGCUAUGAUGUACAAAGCCACAAGUUGGGAGGGAGGAAAUGUUGUAAUUUUUUUAGCUUCUUUCUGUAGGAGGUUCCAUCGUACAGAUGAGGCAGAAAAGAAAAUGAAUAGAAAAGCCAAACAGACCUUAAAACAAUGCUGUCCUUGCUGAGUUUUAUGUAAUAUUUAGCCUUGGAAGUUUACAGUGAGCCUCAACCUUUUCUAGCUCACCUCCAAACAUAUCAAACCAAAAAAGACUGGCAUAAACUGGACCCUGUCUAUUAAUGCAAUUUUAUUUAAAACCAACUUUCUUUCAUGGAGUUGAUUUCAGAUCUGGUGCAGCUCAUGUUGUGGAGGAAUGCUUAGUUAAAAGUGUUUGUUAAUUUUUCAGGCAACUUUCUGUUGAGCGAGACACAUUAAGAAAUAGUUUGGAAAGGGAGUCAGCCAAAAGCAAGAGACUUUCUCUAGAAAAUGAAGAACUUCAGUGGCGUCUGGUCAACAGCACAAGUCCUCCGUGUACUCCCACUGAUGAAGGUGGUCCUCUCGCAAUGGCGAAACGUAAUAGUAAUCGCCUCUCGGCUAGUUUUCCUGACAUUGAGAGCAUAGAUGAAUAGGAAAUCAAAACUCAGUGUUUCAAGCUGAAUUGAUAUUAAUUGGGUUCAGCCCAUUCCAAUAACUUGCUAACAGACGUUUUCUCUUUAACUAAGAGAAGAAUGUGCAAGUAGGCAGGGUAGAAAACAUUGAAAGAAGAAACAAUUAUUGCGUUGGCUCUCGUUGUUUCAUCUUGUCUUACAAUGACAUGGAGAUAGAUGAAAAUAAACCUGUUGAUUAAAAAAAUAGUUUUUGUCAGUUUUUUGUGAGCUGAGAUAUCUCUAUCUCUAUUUCUUUGUUUGAGAAAAUUUUGGAUCUGACAGCUAAGGGAACUAUUUUUAUUGACAGUGUUUUUUUUUCAUAAUAUUUGGCUUUAGUUUUAUUGUUUUUUGAAAUGCCAGCAUUUUGAAGAAAUUUUUUUUUCUCCUUGGAUGAAGUUUUUAUGUCCUAAAUUCAUCUACGUAUCACUUGUCUUUUGAAAUCCAGGAAGAACUUGUAGAGCAGAUUAUUGAUCAUGGAAUUAUGAUGUUAGAGGAAUAAACAAUUUGAGGUACACUGUUUAGUAAUAACAGUAGAAGAAUGAAUCAUUCAGUAGCUAUUUGGAAUUAUUAAAUAGAUUAAUGGAGAUUGGUUCUUAAUUGCUAGUAAAUGCCUAAUAAUGCCUCAUUUAAUUUGUAAAGUUAAUUAUCAAAGAUUAUGUUUGAACAUCAGUGUUCUCCAGAAGUUCUAGCAGGUGGUAUUUUUGCCAGCCACCUGUUUCUGAAGUGCCUACUACAAGGUAGUAAAAUACCUUUCACAAUCUGAUAUAAAUUUUAUUCUUUGUUUACCAGCAUAUUUCUUAAGGCCAAAAAAAAAUUUAUAGAGAACACUGAAGUGUAACUUAUUUAGAAAGGAUUUUACUAUCCCUUGUACAUUAGAGCUAGAUAAUUUGCCAAUAUAUAUAUAUAUUCUAUAGCUAGAUAAUUUGCUUAUAGUAAGUUAAUUUUAUUUUAUUCUAGUAGAAUGCUUUUGUUUAUUAUGAAUUAAAAGAAUUUAUUUUUGUAACAUUAUUAUCAAAUUCUAAUUUGAAGUGGAAAAUUUCAUGACUGUUGUCAAUUACAUUAUUUAAACAAUUUGAAUAAUGAGUGGUGCAAAUUUUGGCCAUGAUGCAUACUGCAAGAUAUGUUUAUGAAUGUAAUAAAAUGCUACAAGCUCAGGGCAAAUGCAGAGUUUGCAAGAUAUAC